CUGACAUUUGACUGAAACAGUGAUUUCAUUGGAGUUGCGAUCGCUUUAUGAGAGCCGAAGACAGCGGACAUGAGUUCAUCGGAUUUGGUUUGGAGUCUCAAGAAUGGAGACUUGGAUUCAGUCAAAGAACUGUUCGACUCGAAGGAGGUGGACGCGAACGCCUCCCUCGACGGCCGAUCGCCCAUCCAUUACGCCGCCGAUUACGGCCACAAAGAUAUCAUUGAGUACCUGAUCGGCAAAGGCGUCGACCUCAACGUGAGUGUCAUCUGCGGUGUAGCGGUCGACAAACACGGCAUAAGCCCUCUGUUGGCGGCCGUAUGGGAGGGACACACGGAAUGCGUGCGACUGUUGAUCGCCAGCGGAGCCAAUAAGACGGGACAGACUCCCGACGGGAAGUCC